UUCUCGAAGAUAACAGUAACAAGGAUAGCCUUUAAAAAGUCACUGGAGUUCUCACUAAUAGUUUGUAUAUAUGAGAUUGGCUCAAAAUAUGCUGAUGUAACCGAUCGGAAGCUGAUAGAUAAAGUUCAUCUAUAAGCGAUAUAAGUUUAUUAUUAACGAAUUUAGCAGAUGGUAUUCGCGCUAUUUAAGCGCGUGUAUAGUUCAACAAAAGUUGCUGAGUCAACUUGAAAGAAUCAGUUAAAGUAGAUCCGAUUCCUUUCUAUUACUUCGAAAACAUUCAAAACAGUCUCGAAGACAAAGUGAGACUAGAAAAGAAGCUUGUCAUUGGUUAAGUACAUUAGUAAAAUUUAAAUUAGCAACGAGCAAUAGAAAUUAAUUUACUGAAAAAAAGCAUGGCAGACAAAGAUAUCAAGGAAAAAACUGCCACUACUGUUCCUGUCAAACUUUUUACACGAGAGGAAGUGUUAAAACAAUCUACUUUGGAAAAUUCAGACACAUGGAUCAUCAUCCACAAUGAAAUCUACAAUGUCACGUCAUUCCUGAAUGAGCAUCCUGGUGGUGAAGAGGUACUUUUAGAACAAAAUGGAUUGGAUGCAACUGAGGCGUUUGAAGACAUUGGACAUUCAAGUGACGCAAGAGAGUUGAUGAUAUCGUUCAAGAUUGGAGAACUAGUAGAAGCGGAAAGAGUAAAAGAAAGAAAGAAAGUAGAAUGGUCUAAUAACAACUCUGAUGAUAACAAUUCUAGUUUCAGAGUUAAGUUUAUUCUACGUAGAAAGAGAAAUAAAUAAAGAGAUCACAAUUGUUCAAUUCUUGGCGUUCCUGGUUAAUUCCCAUUGCACUUGGGGUGCUUGCUACCCUUGUCUAUCGCUACUUCAUCAGCACGCACUAAACAGAAUUCCAACCAAGGUCCAACAAGUCCCUUUCUCUGUGUUACUUGUUAAUAUGUAUAUCAAUCAACUAUUGUACAAUAGAUCGGUCCAAGUGUACAUCAUGC